AUGUCUAGUCUACAACCGGUGGUCAACAACCUAUUCAUCACACUUGUCGUCGACUCGGCUACUCCAGACUGGGAAGAAUUGUACGAGAAAUAUCUCUCAAAAGUUGUUCAACUUCUGGGCAGAUCAACUCACGCAAAGGCACGGUUGUCCUAUGUCCUAUACUCUUCGGCGGGUUCAAGUGGUGGGCCUAUAGUCGAGGACAGGUAUUUUUCACGGUCUCAAGACCUUGAUUCGGCCAUUGGAUCAAUCUCGGGCUCACUAGGUGGGUUCGUUGCCCGCCCACUGCCGGGAGGAGGGAGCGCAUCACUUGAAGGACUGGUUCGUGCCAUAGAACAUCUCGACCUAUUAAACGAACUCGAGCCAUCGUCGAAUCUGGUUCAAAAGCACAUAUUUUUUGUAACGGCAUGCCCUCCAGACCAUAGCACGCGAGUAUUAUCAAACAAGAACCACAGAUUCGACGAUUUUGGCUGGCAGGAAUGUGAGGAAUGGCUGCGAGAGGUGAUUCUGGCCCUUCCCCCAGAGGAUGACAUCUCACGAAAUAUACAGCGAAAAGUGUCUCUCAGUCUUGUGGUUACACGAAUGCCGGGUGAUGCAAAGCAUUUGGCUCUCUACAAAGGGCUCAAUCCUGCUGCGGUGGACCCGAUUCCUCCUCUUGGGCCUGUGCGACUAUACCCGUCCCUCAGAGUAGCAGUCCUUAUCAGGCCGCUGCAGCCUGGUCAGCAUCCACCGGGAAGCGCGGUACCGACCACCAAUUCACCUGGCACAACCCCUGCCGUUACCGUUUCUCCAAACAUGGCGAUAAAGCGAAAAGCCCAAGAAGAUCUCCAGAUCAGUCCCCGAAGAGCCAAAUUUCCUACUGGAGUGUCUGCACCCCCGGGGUCAGUCCCCACUUCCCUAGGGCAAUCUGUGCCAACACAAGAUCUAUCUGCCUCCGAAUCCAGGCCAAUAAAAGCCGUUGGCCCGACAGGUAUGCCUAUAGGAAUGUCUCAUGCAACGGCCGGACCACAAUUGAAUACGAUCGUACCGUCAGGAAUUCCCAAUCGCCCAGUCACGCAACUACCUCCGAAUUCACUCGCAUCGAACCCUGGACCUGCUCGACCUCCCGGAACUGAGGCUCCAGACCCACAGUAUGCUUUACAGAUAGAGAAGAUAAUGGCAAAUGGUAUAGCACAAGCGGGUGAGACAGCGCUGAAAUUGAAGAAGAUGUAUGAGGAGGCGGUAGCGACCAAGACGGCCCUCCUGUCGCAGGGCAAACCCCUCGAAGCAAGGUCGAAGGAGGUACAGGCCGAAAAGAUUAAAGACUUUUUGAUAAAACUUUAUGCACGGAUACGACAACAAACCAUCAACGCUGCUGCAGGACCGUCCACGUUACCUAUGCAAGGAGCAUCACAGAAUAUUGGAGCACAUUCAGUCAAUAACCCUGGUAUACAAAAUCCUCAGAGAAAGGAGCAAACAGGGGGCAUUUCGUUCAGUUCCGCUGCAGAGAACGCCGCCAUGACGAUCCGACCUGUGCCAUCGGCACCACCAGUCCCAUCCAACCCAAUGCCUAACAACAAUCCUAUCCCUCAGAAUAUUAACUUCUUGUGGAGGGGAAUGCUCUGUAUUACAAAUGGCGAGGGAAAGCCGGCGAUUUCAGAGUGUUUUUGCUAUUUGGCGCCUGCCAAAGUUAGUGAUGCCGCACGAGCUGCAAUCGCUUCCUGGCCGCAGAGAAUUAUUGUUCAGCCCAUACGAGCUCGUGCGCUCCCGGACCAGCUUGUUCAAUGGUUGAGUGGAAAUCAACCAGACGGCAUAUUCAACUUGCGUCCCAUCCCGGUGGAUCAAUGGCCUACCCUGGCUGCCAAGGCAAGCGAGACUGUGGUGAAUCAGCUACAGCAACGAUUCCUGCAGGCACAAAAUGCCAUAGUUGAUGGGAAGCUUGUGCUUCUUGGUUCCAUUGAACUCACCGGAGGUGGUAGUAAUACUGUGCUACUUUUCCAUAUGCCCACUCCUUCCGGACCGAAUUCGGUGCCGAAUACGCAACAUCAACUAAUUGUGGCCCGAUAUCCUUCGCCACCGAGCAUUAUGUCAAUUCCGGGUGAUGCAUGGCCGACACAGCCGCAAGUGGCGGAUGGUGCGAUGAAGGGCAGCACACCUGCGAAUAUCGGUGCGAAUCUCCGCCAGAUACAAAAUAACACGGCGCGACCGGUGAUUGGAAAUUCAUACGGCUUGGACAAUGCUGCAGUGAAGCCCUCCUUCCUGACAGGUGCUUCGGGCUCUUCUAAUGUCCCUGGUGUAUCUGGAGAUGUGUCGAUGGAGAUGCGUGCGGCGCGCAAUUUCCCCCUUCAAGGAGCACAAGGCUUGUUCGACUCUCUUGGAAAUGUUAAUCAACAAAACCUCCAAAAUUUCAUCAAGAACCCUAUUGGUCAAGCACAAUUGAACUUGUUGAAGAAUCAACAUCAACAGGUCAACGCUGGAGCUGCAUCCACCGCUGGCAUAAUGGCCAAUCUCAACAGGAAUGCCAACAAUGCGAGCAUCUCUGGAGCUACUUUACUUGAUCGUAUGGGAAAUCAAUCGCUAGGUCACAACGUAUCGUACGGACAAAAUUCACAGGUCCUUCAACACGCGCUGCAUCAGCAACAACAGCAGUCACAGCAGUCCCUUCUCAACUCUCAGUUAUCCGGAUUUCCCGGUAACACUAUGGUCAACCUUGGCGCGAAUCAAGAUCAGUUACUAGGGCAACCCGGCGGAUUCAAGCAACCAGGAGUCCCCGCGUUGGGUGGUGGUGGUGGCAGUAUGGCUGGAACCUCCCUAGGUGCCUCAAAUUUCAUGAACAACAUUGCAGGGCUCGACCUGGGGCGCAACCUUGCCACAAGGAAUGUGAACCCAGCGAUAAGUAACGCGGGUUUAAUGCAAAGUACGGUCAAUGCUUCAACUGUUGGAAUGGGAAGCAUGGGGCCUCAGUCCAACUCGGAAACGGUGAUGGCGAUGGCCACCAGCAUCGCAAAUCAAAGAGGCAUACCGGUGGCCGAAGUCCUAAAGAUAUUCGCACAUAGGCAACAAGCAGCUGGGUGGGGUCUAUCUGGUGGUACAUAG